UAGAAAUGAGGUUAACUUGUUUUGUAGUAGGGUAGCGCAUAUAUUUUUUCACUCUUAUCAUCCUCUAAUCACCAAUUAAUUUGUUUUUGUUUGUCAUUUAUUAUUUGUGUGUUAAGUUUACAUCAGUUUACAAUCAUACAGUGCAUCAUUAAACGUCAGUAAAAGAAAAAUUUAAAGAAUAAUCACCAAAACAAACACAAGCACCCCUAUUUUGACUUCCUGAAUUGUGUUAUUUUUUAUUUAUAUAUUUAACGAAAAAUUUGUAAAUGACACUUUCCAUUUUACACAAAAAUAAAAAAUUGUUCGCAAAUAAUUUAAUAGUAUGAGAGAAAGGAGGAAAAAAUUUAAAUAAAAUCUUAUCUUAUCUUCAAUAUAACAUAAGGUCUCGAUAAAAAUCAUGGCCAAUCCAUGCAGUGUUGUUGCACAUUUGGUGAAAUUAAUUGUCACAAUAGUGUGUAUGAAAUUCUUCAAAGAUUCAUUUUUAUUCAAUGCAACUGAUCACACUUGGGCUGUGAGGGCUCUACAAAUUUUUCUUACGCACUCGGCUUUAGGAAUAAUUAGAUUUGGGACUUCGAGUACAACCAAAAGAUUUCGAAACUUCUAUGACUGGUUUUCUGUUCUUGUGGAAAUAGCGCCGUUUGCAUUUUUCACAACGGAAAUUCUCCUCGCAUACAAAAUUUGGGAGGAAGGAAGAUUAUGUCUUCUUGCUUUAGGACUUCUUCCAAUAGUUUACGAACCAACAUCAACGACACGAGAUCGUUCAAAAUAUCGAUUUUACACAGACAUUAUUUUUGCUCUUCAAGCAUUAAUAAUGACAAUAGUCUGCUUGAAAAAUGGUAAUUUUGCAAUUUUAAGUCUCGCUGCAUCGUAUAUUGUCGCUCGAUUCAUCUCUGAAGAUUUUUGUGAUAGAUUUGAAGUUCCUUAUAUCGAUCUUUCACAAUAUAGCCUAUGCUUCGUUGAAGUCUUUGCAAUUGCGACGUUUAAAGAUAUUGAAACUUUAUCACGUUAAUAAUAUAUUUACACAAUUUUUUAUACAUUUAAUUAUUUUUGUGCCUAAAUUAUUAAAAGCAAAAAAAAAGAAGGCACAAAUGAUGAACAUAUGCAAGAACGGUGAGCGGGUACAAUUAUACUUUUUUUGCCUCUGCAAUCAAAAAACGGCUAUAAAAGAUUGCUUUUUUGAUAAAAAAAAAAAAGAAUGUCAAAGUUUCAUAAAUAGGCCUUCAGAAAAGAAUCUUCUAUUAAAUAUUAAACGAUAACAAAUGAAAUUAUAACUAAUAUAAUAUUUAACAAUACUUAAAUGUUUCAUUAAGGCUUUGAAAUUUUACGCAAGUUCGAUCGUAUAUAUUUUUAUUAUACAUAUAUUUUACAUAUUUCUUUACCUUCUAUUUUACUAAUAUUUUCCAAUGAGAAAUAUAAUUUUUAUUACUGCUUUUUAUCAAGAACAACUUGAAUAGUUAAUACGAUAACCUAUUCCCAAAUUACAUUUAAAUUUUUAUACAUUUUUAUAAAAUAUGUAGAAAAAAAAAAUUAGUAAAAAUUGUAAUAAUAAUUAUUAUUUCUAAACCUUCAUUAAGGUUUAAAAUAAUAUUUAUUAUUUUCAUUUAAUAAUAAUUAACACCAGCAAUAAAAAUCAAUAAUAAUACAAAAUAUAUAAUUUCUUACGAAUAAAAAAAAGUUGAUAAAAAAAAUUUGUGAAUGGGUUAAUGCAGUAUUUAGAAUUUUGUACUUAUAUGAAAAACUUAAAUAGUUUGCAAUAUUGUAAAACUUAUGAAAACUGUACUUUCGUACUAAUGAAAAAGUUUCGAACUGAUUAAUUUGUUGAAAAAUUAGUAUCGAUAUACAAUGUAGGAUCUGUGCCAAAUAAUGGGUACAAAUUUAGGUAUGUAAAUAUAAUUUCUUUUUUUGAAAAAGAAAAAAAAAAUCGCACAAUUAUUGUCACCGAGUGAUGAGAUCUAAUAAGUGAUAAAACUAUUUUUUUUUUCAAAAGUACGAAAGUGUACAGUAAAUAUUAUAAUAUAAUUAUAAUAUGAUAUGUUGAAUUCUUUACAAUGAACUAACAAUGAUUAUAUAUUCACUAAUGUUCGAUCGAUAUUUAUAUUAAUACUUUUAUAUUGAUAAUAAAAAUCUUUUUUCUCUUAAAA